GUCAGUCCUACCUCCAAAAAAAAUUGGAGUCUUAAACCAAAACCACGUCGUUUAUCUUAAUCCUUCUGCAAUCGUCGCCAUCGCCUCCUCGACUCCUCCGAUUCCUUCAAUUUUCAAACACAAUCCCACGCCGCCGACUUAAUCCCCAGCACCCACUAUUUUCACCUCACUCUACCGUUGCAAUUCAUCAUCUCCAUCGACGCUAACAGAGAAGGGAUCGAAGGACGGUAAGUGCUUUGGUAAAUUGCAGCAGCAGAAUAUGGUGAAAAUAGUCACUACCCCACCUUGAGAAUCAACCCAUGAAAGUCCAAAAAAAAAAAAAAGAAAAAGAAAAAAGUCCCCUCUCCCGCCAUCUCAAUUUGCUCGCAAAAGAUUCUAUACUUCCACCCUCUAGCUUUGCCCCUUUCACUUUCUUAUUCUCUGCAACUUCAAAUUCAGAACCAUUUUUUCUUUUGAAUCCCCAAAAAAAGAAAAAAAGAUAGAAGAAUGAAGCUACCUGUGAUAGAUCUAGAGUCGUACUUGAAGAUCACCAGCCAACUCGACGGUGACUCCGCCAAGGAAGCGGCUGACAUCGGGGCUAGAUUCAAUAAGUUGUGCGGCGAGAUGAAUCGUGUGCUCAAGGAAAUUGGGGCAUUGCUGGUCAAUGAUCCAAGAUGUAUGGCAAAGGACAAUGAUUGGUUCCUCGACAUGAUGGAGAAAAAAUUGGUGUUGGGGAUUAAGUCAGCGGCCUAGGAUUGUGUUUGAAAAACUGAAGGAAUUGGAGGCGGCGAGGAGGCGAGGAGGCGAGGAGGCGACGGAGAUAAUUGCAGAAGGGGCAAAAAACAGUAGGGGGCCAAGGAUUAAGAGAAACGAUGCCAUUUUGAUUUGGGAAUCCAAUUUUCUUUUGGAAGUAGACUCAUGCGCACUUUCCCCAAAACUUAAUUACUCCUCCAUUAAUUUAUCAAGUUUGUAUUUAUCCGCUUUGGAGUAGGUAUAUUAUAUUAUUAUAUCCCGGCAAAUUAUUAUUAUUAUUUUGCCUCAAACAUAUAUCCCUGCACAUUGCUGGGUGUUUCUGUUGUAAUGUAAUUUUUAGUGUGUAUUUUAUUUUAUUUUGUAUUUUAAUAAUAAUGGAUACUAUAGAAUGGAAUGUAGGAAUGAAGCAUUGAAUACAUUUGAAAUUUGGGU